AACAUGACAUCCAGUAGAUUUAUGUCCUAAUACCUAGGUUAAUGUGUAACUUUUGGGAAAAGCCAUGAUUUCAGAGGUUUUAAAAUCUGAUAGCAAGACUCAUUGCAGUUCAUUUUAGCUGAAGAUUGAGCAGCACAAGGCCCUCCCUGAGAUUUUUGACAAACUACCAAAGGAAGAUGAAACAACUUCUUCUAAUCCUCAUCUGCGUUGUAAUGGGAAUAGCCAACCGUGUGUAUAUCCAUCCCUUCCAGCUCUUUAGCUCUGGUGAUGUCACUUGUGAGGUCACUAACAGUAAUGACAAGGAGACUUUAGAGAGCAUUCAUUCUCUGACUGCCAUUCAAGCCAGCACAGAGCCGGAUCCCCGGCCUGCAAUUGAAGAACUAAAGAACCUCACCCAGUGGACUGCUGUGGUGGCUGAACUGCAGAACUCUCUGGGAUUGCGAAUGUAUGAUGCACUAAGCCGCAAGCAACGGGACAUUAACAUACUUUUCUCUCCUCAUACUGCCUUUGGUACCUUGUUAACUUUAUACCUAGGAACCUCCAAGACUACUGCCAGUGAUUAUGAGGAAUUUUUGGGACUCACCUGGAAUAUUGAGAAGUCUGUUUGUACAAAAGUUAUCAACGGACACAAGGUACUACGUGCACUUAAAGCCAUUAGCUCAUUAAGUGAUGGACCUCAAGAUGAGUUCAGAACCCUUGUUUGGACCUUUGUAAGCAGCGAUGCUGACUUGUCCAAGGACUUUGCGCAUGGCAUUCAAGAGUUUUCAGACACCUCUUUUAUUCGAGCUGUGAACUUCUCCCAACCCAAAGAAGCUGAGGCACAAGUUAACUUGUUCAUUCAGAAGACAUCCCACAGCAAGGUUGAGAACCUUUUUAAAGAUAUAAGCCAAUCAACAAACCUGCUGUAUGCAAGCUCUGCACAUUUUAAAGGAAACUGGAGAACAGCUUUCCAGCCCAAAAAGACAACUCUGCAAGACUUCCAUAUUGACGAGAUGUCCACUGUGAAAGUACCUCUCAUGACACAAACUGGUGACUACAUGCACCUCAGUGAUCCUGACAAAAAGUGCACUGUUAUUAAACUUGGCCUCAGCAAGCAGACAUACAUGCUAUUGGUACUUCCUAAUGAGGGAACCAGACUGCAAGACAUUGAAAAUCAGCUCAAGACAGACACUAUAUCUACAUGGCAUGGACAUCUAAAGGAGAAAUAUCUGGAAUUGUCCCUGCCUAAAUUCUCUGUGACAGCUGUGACUGAUCUGAGAUCGUUGCUCUCCGAUAUGUCUGUUGAUAAAUUCCUGCUGUGUUCCGAAACCAACUUUCAGAGACUCAGCACCAAAGGCAAUUUCACAGUCGACAAGGUGAUCAACAAGGUUCUUUUCGAGAUGUCCGAGGAAGGAAAGGAGGUUCUGAACAAGUCUCAGGAUGAGAGAGUUCCUCUGAGAGUCACCGUGGACAGACCCUUCCUUUUUAUUAUUGUAGAGGGCAACACUAAUGCUAUACUCAUGCUGGGAAGGAUACAGAACCCAACCCUUUAAAGCACAGUACGAUCGUGUAAUAUUAUUGUCCCUCAGAUUCUUUCAACUCAAAGCAGUUUAUUACAACAUACACGAGUAACUGUCUUCAAUAUCAAAUGAAUAUGUAUGAAGUUUAAUGUAUGGUACAUUAUAUGCUAUCUGAAUGUAUUAAAAGAAGACUAUUUACAACAGAA